AUGGCGGACAAUAUCCCCUCCGAGCCAACAUCUGGUUCAAAGGCCCACAUCGCCGAGGCUCCUAGUAUCGUGCACGCAGAGAGUAAUCACGAACAGACCAAGUUCAAGCAUGCCAAAAACUCCGACGGCGAUACAGCCAUGGCGCUGUUCGAUGACCCGGACGAGCUUCACGAAGAGGUUGAUCCUGCAGAAGCUAGGAAGCUGUUGUGGAAGAUUGAUUUCAUGAUUUUGCCUUAUUUGGCUGUUUGCUAUGCUUUCUUCUACAUUGACAAGACAACUCUAAGCUAUGCAGCUAUCUUUGGAAUUCGAGACGACCUCAAUCUCCAUGGAACACAAUACAGCUGGCUGAGUAGUAUUUUCUACUUUGGGUUUUUGGCCUGGGCGUUCCCAACCAAUUUUUUGAUGCAACGUCUCCCAAUCGGAAAAUACCUUGGUGUGAAUAUUUUCAUGUGGGGGGUUUUUCUCAUGAUCCAAGCUGCCUGCAACAGUUUCGAAACCCUCGCCGUCCUUCGAGCCCUCGGCGGUGCCGCCGAAGCCUGCUCGGAUCCAGCCUUUAUGCUAAUCACAAGUAUGUGGUACACACGUCGUGAACAGCCCGUACGUCUGGGGUUGUGGUAUACUGCCAAUGGACUCGGUAUUGCGCUAGGCGGGCUGUUGGGCUAUGGAAUCGGCCAUAUUCGCGGUGCGUUGCCAUCUUGGAAAUACGAGUUUAUCGUAAUUGGUGCUCUCUGUGCUUCCUGGGGUAUAAUAAUGUUCAUAUUCUUGCCAGACUCUCCUGUCACAGCUCGCGGUCUGAGCAAGAGAGAGCGCCGUAUGGCCGUUGAACGCUUGAGGGAAAACCAGACUGGUGUUGAGAACAAACAUCUAAAGCCAUAUCAAAUUUUUGAGGCUUUCAAGGACUAUAAGCUCUAUAUGUUUUUUACUCUGGGUGUUGUUUGCAAUGUACCCAAUGGUGGAAUCUCGAAUUUCGGCACAAUUAUCAUCCAAGGAUUCGGCUUUUCAACAUUGGUGACCACAUUGAUGCAGAUCCCCUACGGAUUCAUCAUCGCCAUAUCCAUCUUGACCUGUGUCUAUCUGAACGACCGCUUUGAAAACAGAAGAUGCGUAUUCGUGCUCAUUUUCUUGAUUCCAAAUUUGGCUGGCUCCUUCGGUCUUCGAUUCGUUCCAGUUCAACACAGUGUGGGACGACUGAUUUGCUACUACCUGACAGGUCCAUACAAUGCUGCAUUUGUGCUCGUCCUGAGUAUGCAAAUUGCAAACACAGCUGGCCAUACCAAAAAAGUCGUCACGAAUGCCGUUCUGUUCUUAGGAUACUGUACCGGUAAUAUUGCUGGUCCAUUCUUCUACAAGUCUGAACAAUCGCCAACUUACGAGCUUGGAAUUUGGUCCAUGAUUGUUUCGCACUUGAUUGAAGCUGUCUUGAUCAGCAUCCUUGGCCUACUGCUCCGCUGGGAAAACCAAAAACGCGAUCGUCUUCAGUCACAAAUGGAGGGUGGUCUCGAAGGAAGAGAUUUGGAUGCUACUGCGUUCUUGGAUUUGACGGAUCGUGAGAACAUGAAGUACAUAUCUUCCCUAUAA